AUGCGCCGCUCACACAGUGGAAGAGCAAUGGCUGGGCAAAGGGUCAAAGAAAAUCCGUUGGAAACCGCGGUUCCGCGGUCGCGUCCGCACCGAGCUAAUGUCUACCGCCGACGUGCGUCUCUGCAGAGGCGAGAGUCUACGAAUUCUUCAUUCAAUCCAUUCGGCCGUGAUUCACACGCUCAUCUCGACAACUCACCCAUCUCGCUUACUUUGGACGACACAAAUUAUCAAGUUGCCACGCCUAGUGAGCAUACGUCGCAGAUACACACAUUCACUACUGCACAAAAAUCAGCACAAGAACUUUCACUUACCAAGGUUGCAAAAGGCGUCAAGGAAAACGCUUUGACUGGCCGGGGCAUACGAAUGUCUUCUGGGAACGCCGACAAACCGUGCUUGAACCCCGCCUUACUCAUUGAUGGAGAAUGUGGAACAACCUCCGACAGCUGGCAGAGUUUGCAUGAUGCAGAUAUUCAAAAUCCGAGUGGAAUGCUUUUAGAUUCUAUUAUCGAAAGCGGCGAGUACAUUACUUCACUUGAAAAUACAAAAGAUGAUUCUGUUGCAAGGCAAGCGGUGUCAGAUGCAGCGGAAGAGUUGGAACUACGAACCGAAGCAAGUAACAUCAUACUUAGCACGGCGAAUGCCAUCUCGUUUCUGGCAAAAGUAACGGAGAAAACGGUCAAUACCGACUCCCAAUUAUCUUCAAUAUCGCGCACGAGUACGAACUCAUCUACGAUGAACGGUUUUGACAACCAAUUUUAUUCAAUGGGCAGUACAGAAAGGCUGUUUUCGGGCCGCUCAGAGUCCACUGCGAAUAAUGAGACCGAUAUGGACUACACACAAGAUAUCUCUUUAUUUGCAGGUGUAUCCAGUUUCCCCGCGAACGACAUGGUGUCGCCCGCUGUUGACGAUACAGCAUUCUGUACUUGGAUUCCUGACAAAUUCGACUUUGAUGACAUUAUUGAUGCUUCCGAGUACGUGUUUGCCACCAACUUUCGCGAUGCGGAACUCAAUCAAAAUAUGAAAUCUGAACAGGACGUUACCCCGAUCGCUGAUUCGGUGUGACAGCAACAUAAAACGGCGAUCCAUCCAGGGAGGGCUUUGAGAAUUGUUGCGAAAUACUGACAACGCCAUGUCUCUUGUAACUUUCAGCAAGCUGAAAGUUUUGACUGGUGUAGAAUAAAUUCGCAAGCAUCUCUGACUAGACUAGCAAGCAUCAUUGACGAAUCACGUCCACAAGAAAAUAUAAUAAAGGAAGACCAGAAAUCGGUUUGAAAAUAGUAACUCCGCUCGUUAGCAGUAG